AUGGCAGAGAUCGUGCCUAUUGAUGAUGAUAAAGCUACUGAGGGAGAUGCUGAAGUGAAAGUUGAUGCUGAGGUAAAGGUUGAGAAUCAAGCUGAAGAAAAGAUGGGUGAUCAGACAUCAGUUGUUGCUGAAGAUGAAAAGCAAAAGGGACCUACAGAGAAGAAUGUGGAGAAGCAACCGACGAGGAUUAGACCGUCAGAAUUAGUUGAUCCUUCUCGUGUCCCAUAUCCCGCCCGCCUGAAGCAUCAGAAAUAUGCUAAGGAGUAUGGGCAAUUUCAUGAAAUGUUUAAGCAGUUGAAGAUCAGUCUUCCGUUCAUAGAAGCUCUUCAGUCGAUGCCCAAGUAUGCCAAAUUUCUUAAGGACCUUUUGAAGCGUAAGGAGAGAAUAGGUGAGCUUUCGAAUAUUCCUUUGACCGGUGGUUGUUCCGCGAUAGUCUUGAAUAAGCUACCAGAGAAGUUAACCGACCCUGGUUUAGGAGGGCUUACACCUACGCGUAUGUCGUUGUCCUUGGCUGAUCGUUCAGUCAAGUAUCCUUGUGGGAUAGUCGAGAAUUUGUUGGUUAAAGUGGAUAAAUUCGUAUUUCCUAUGGAUUUCGUUGUUCUUGAGAUGGAGGCCAAUGAAAGAGUUCCUAUUAUUUUGGGCCGUCCAUUCCUUAGAACCGCAAAGGCGAUCAUUGACGUCUUUGAUGGUAAGAUUUCUCUUCAUGUGGGUGACGAGAUUGUCACAUUCGAGAUCGAUAGAGCGAUGCAUGAUCCUGGAGGUAGAGAUGAAGAUAGCGGGCCGUGUCAUUCUGUUUACUUUCUAAAUUCUUUCAUAUCUUUUGUCGACACAUGUCUCGAGUACAACAGUGGGGCCGAUCUAGUAGGUGAGGGAGUUGUUGACGAGAUUGACGAAGAAGAGACUGAGGAGGAGCAGUUGGAUGAGAGUGAUGAGUUAUGGGUUCGAGAGACGCUGGAACUAAAUGAGGUUAGCAAUGAGAGUACUCCUGUAGACAUUCCACCGCCUUUAGAACUUAAGGUUCUUCCAUCACAUCUUGAGUACGCAUUCCUAGGAGAAAAGCCGAACAUGCCUAUCAUCAUAUCUUCGAAGUUGACAGAGGAUGAGAAAGUGAGGUUGAUUGAGGUGCUAGGAAGCAUAGAGAGGCGAUAUCGUAUUCUGAUAUUAAGGGCAUUAGCCCUACCUUUUGCACGCACCAUAUUCUGA